AUGCAAAAAUUACAUGUGACAUAUUCAGGAUGCAAAGCAAGUGAAGGACAAAAAUCAAUUUAUAGUUUUUUCAAAUCAGUUACAAAGGAAAAUAUCAAAAAUUCAAAUGAAGAAUGGGAUUCAGAUAUAUAUGAUAAUAUAGAUAAAGAUGAUUUUUUACAAGUUGAUGAAGAAAGUGAUAAAGAAAAUGAUAAUAAAGAUACAGAUACUUUUACACUGGUUAUACUGAUAAUAUUAACAUUAUUAAUAUUUUUAAAAUAG